UGGCUCCCGCGUCGCCGCUCCGCGCCGGGGGGGAAGAUGAGCUCAGGGGACGUCGUUUGCACUGGAUGGCUCAUUAAAUCACCCCCCGAGAAGAAACUCAAGAGAUACGCAUGGCGGAAGCGCUGGUUCGUGCUGCGCAGAGGCCGCAUGAGCGGGAACCCAGAUGUGCUGGAGUACUACAGGAACAACCAUUCCAAAAAGCCCAUUCGGAUCAUCGACCUCAACGAGUGCGAAGUGCUGAAGCACUCGGGGCCCAACUUCAUCAAGAAAGAAUUUCAGAACAACUUUGUCUUCAUUGUGAGAACCACCUACCGCACCUUCUACCUGGUAGCCAAAACUGAGGAGGAGAUGCAGAUCUGGGUGCACAACAUCAGCCAGAUCUGUAACUUUGGACAUCUAGAAGAUGGCACAGGUUCAGUGGAGAGCCUGUCUCACACGACCUCGUCCCCGCAGCCAUCGCCAGCUGCCUCCACCCACGCCUCCCGCAUCGCAGAUCCCUCCUUCUCGGUCGACCACGCUGCUGCUGACGCAUCUGCCGCAGAGGAGACCCCCAGCGAGUCAGAGUCGGUCUUCCUCCCUGACUACCUCUUCCUCUCCAACUGCGAGUCGGGCAAGCUCAGCCACAACAGGUGUGACAGCUGGUCGAAUUCAGACAGAUCUCUGGAGCAAACCUCAUCGGAUGAUGUUUUUGUCGACUCCUUGCAGUCCCAGCCCUCCUUGUACCUUGUACAGCCGUCCAGCGCUGGCACUGUGCACCAGGAUGGGGCCCCGUUGGCAAACCCCAGCACUGUGUCCAGGACCAUAGACAUUAACGGGCCACCCAGUGACUUUUCCUCCUCUUCUCCACUGCUGGGGACGCCGCUGACACCAACCUUUCAGAUUGACAAGAGCCAAAACGUGCUGCCCUACGGUGUAACCCAGCUGGACAUCCUGUCCAACACACCCCCACCGCGGCCGCCCAAGCCAACCCACUUCUCAGACAGGAGAGGGGAUGAGGUGGGUGGUGGGGCCCUCCAGAACGGGCACGCAGGGGUCUGCCGGGCUCAGGUCGCUCUGGUGCCCAGGAGGAUCUCCUUGUCCAGCCUAGACAACGUGAGGAACUGGAAAGCAGACAUGGAAGGCAGUUCCUUAAGAAGUCGGGAUAAGAGGCUUAGCUUGAAUUUGCCCUGUCGGUUCUCCCCGCUCUACUCGACUGCUUCGGACAGCACGGAGGACAGCUACGUGCCCAUGCGCCCCAGCACCUCUCCCUCUGCGCCUGGCUCCGACUGUUCACCCGACGGCUACAUCCCCAUGAGCCCCGGCUCAGCCACGUUUACCUUCCCUGUCGUCAGCACUGAAAAACUCACCAGCCCAUUACCUGAGCUUCCCUCAGACCUGGAGCCCCCUCCGGUGAACCGAGACCUCAAGCCUCGUAGGAAAUCACGGCCACCUCCUCUGGACUUGAGGAACCUCUCCACAAUCCGGGAGCAUGCUGCCGUGACCAGGAUGUGGACUGUGCCUUACAAUCGAAUGAGCUUUAUCUCACCAGAAAGAGACGGUAUUAAUUCAGCAAGAAUAUUUGCCAAUUCAGUUUCCGGAGAAGAGGAAGAAAGUUACAUUCAUAUGGAGCACAGACAGGCAACAUCUCCAUACAGUGGUGCUUUUCCAUGGACAAGGAAAUCUAACCUUGAUUACUUAGCAUUGGAUUUUAAUUCUGCUUCCCCAUCCCCUGUACAGAAGAAACCUUUUCUCUCUGAGGAGCAGAGAGUGGACUAUGUCCAGGUAGAUGAACAGAAGACUCAAGCU